AUGAGUGUGUCUGAUGCAUCCAAGCCUCUUGCGUUUGCCAUUGCUUCAUGGCUCAGUACGCAGAAUGAUGAAAAGUUGAAGCAAGCUGCUGAAUUGGUGAGCUCGGCAUGCAGCUUUGACCCGAAGUCCGCGAGCGACAAGGAGAAGUACGCAAAGAACUCGCCGGGGCUGCAGGCUAUUUUUGACGUGUUCCUCAAGACACAGCAGCGCAUGAAUUCGGGUAAUGCUGCUGCUAGCUCUGAGACUGAGUCCGAGAAGAAGCCGAGUGAGGAAGACAUGAACAAGGCCGAGGCUCUCAAGAACGAGGGCAACAAGUACAUGUCGGCCAAGGACUACGGGGCAGCGCUUGACUCGUACACGAAGGCCAUCGAGAUUUACUCAUGCUCCCCUGUAUUCUACUCGAACCGUGCUGCUGCCUUUAGCCAAAUUGGCCAGCAUGAUGAGGCCAUCGCUGAUGCUCAAAAGGCAGCCGAGAUCGACCCCAACUUUGGCAAGGCAUACAGUCGCCUGGGUCAUGCCCUCUUUGCCUCUGGCAGGUUCGAGGAAGCAGUGCAGGCAUAUGAGAAAGGUGUCGAGGUGGAUCCAUCGAACAAGCUAAUGAAGUCGGGUCUGGACGCAUCCAAGGCCAAACUGGGUGAGACGGGAAGCAAAGACCAUGCAUUGUCCACAACAGAAACGCCAUCAAAUACCUCCUCAAACGCUGCUGAUCCGUUCGCAGGUCUUGGCUCCGGCGGCGCCGGUGGCAUGCCAGAUAUUUCCUCACUUAUGAACAACCCUAUGGUGUCUCAGAUGGCUCAGCAAAUGAUGCAAAACGGUGGUCUCGAGCAGCUCAUGAACAACCCCAUGCUUCGCCAGAUGGCCGAAAACUUCGGCUCAAAUGGUCAAAUGCCGGAUAUUUCAUCGCUCAUGAACAACCCGCAAUUGCGCCAGAUGGCGCAACAGUUUAUGGGCGGCAUGGGCGGUGCCCCACGCCGCUAA